AUGUACAGAGACCAUUUAAACAAUCCUAGUGAGGAAGCCAAACGUCAAAUUAACGGUAAUGGCAAAGAUAUUAAAACUAUUAUAAAACAUUACAAAGAACAUAAAUGGACAACUGUUUGCAAUGAGAUAAACGAACAACAAGGAAAAAAAUACUGGCAACAAAUUAAAAAAUUAUCAAAAUAUAAGCAAACACCCCAGAUACCCCAAUUGGAAAAGAACGGCCAAAAAUUCGAAACAGAUGAAGAAAAAGCAGCCAUUUUUGCAGAUCAUUUCAGGGAUGCUUUUAUUGAAGACAACAGCCCUCAAUUUGAUAACAUACAUUAUGAACUAGUCCCAUGGCAUGAAACAUAUUUUAGUAACACACCCAACAUUGGAAAUAGGCAAAUAGAUGAAGAUGCAUAUUUCAAAAUAGUGUAUAAGGGGAAAAGAUCUCAAGCCUCCUUUAUUACUGAAGAAGCUGCCCAAAUGCUAGCCCUACCAAGAGAAAGAAUCAAAGCAGAAAUAUCUGGUCUAGCCGAUGGAAAGCCCAAACUUUCAAAAUGGAGAAUUCAAGCACAUCUGCAAACCUAG